AUGUUUUUCUCAAGUUUAUGCCCUGGCAGCGUCACGACCAACUUGAAACCUCCAUUCCCGCGACCCGAGAUCGUGGAAUCGACUAAGGACAAGACGAAAACCUCGAUUUCACCCAGAGACAACGACAACGACGACGAUGACGACGACAGAAAGAAGCAGAAGAAGAAGAAUAAGAAGAGGAAAAAUAAGAAUAACAAGACCAGCGAAAGCGAGCCUUCACCUCUCAGUCGCCUAGUAUGGAGAAAGCUUCCCGCAGAAAUCCGACGGAUGAUUCUGGACGACCUCAUCAAUGAUCCCUCAAACAAGCCGGCGUUGUCGUCCUGGGCAAGUGUGUGUGCAGACUGGCAGGUCCUCAUUGAGGAACACACAUUCAAGUCUCUCCACCUCAAAUGGGAUGAUUCUCGUACGGAUUCUGAGCUUCCGACAUUCGAAGCCAUUGUCACCGGCCAUCGGCGGACACUGCUCAAGAACGUCACCCUCGAGAUCAUGCUCGGUAAAUACAGUUGUUUGGUAUGCGGCCGACCGGAGUCGGACCUGGAAAUCGACAACAACAAUCUCCGCUUCACAAUCGCCCUACAGCAACUCUUUUUGGCCCUCAAAGACUGGAACGACGACAUCUCAUGUUACUACAGGCUCAGCCUGGAGAUACGAGCCGGCUCCCAAAGCGACUUUUAUCACUCCUUUCCGGACGUCGAACACGAUGCUCACUACUUGCGCAACGACCACAUCCAACAAGCUGCAGGGAUGAUGACAACUGUGAUGACGAACCCGGCCGCAGCUAUGUACUUGUUCGAAAAUCCGAAUGGCGAGAAAGAACGCGUCAUUGGCAAUCUCCUGCAUUUCAAGAACAUCGACUUGAAACUGCCCACGCUCCCAUUCAUUCAUCAGCUUGUGGUGAAUCGAAGCACAACGCGAAGCUUCACAGCAAAGACCAUCAAGAAGCUCCUGAAGCACUUGACAGGUCUCGAACGCGUUGUCUACGAGCCCAUGCAAGCUGUCGGCAAAGACGUCAAGCAGCGCCAAAAAGCCAACAAAGCUCUACUCCGGAAACUGCCAUCCUCUAUAGAGUCGUUCUCUCUGUACGAAGCACACUCAGAGUACCUAGAGAUGCAGAAAAUGGGCGUGUCAACUCCCCCAGAGGUGCGGACUGGCAAAAAGGUCGUGGCAGCCGCUGUGGCAGCCAGCUUGCGUUGCCGCAACCUCCAAGAACUUUCCCUGUCUAACGCAGUUGACGCCGAAGACUUCUUUGCACGGGCUUUGGAAGAUCCCGCAGUGAAAGACGCUUUGGGGGAUGCGCCCUGGCCGAACCUGAGGCGCGUGGCUCUGUCAACCCGAUAUGAGAGACGGGGGGAUUCCAAAGUGUCACCCUAUCAGCUGCUCCGCGACGCUGCAAGUGUAGCCCUACGCAUGCCAAAGCUGGAGACUAUGGAGAUCUGGGCUGAAUCUGAGUUGAGACGAUUCUUGUUCCGGUACAAUGUCGAGGGCGACCAGGUGGUCAUCAGGGUAGAGAUUGACUCGGGAUAUUAUCAAGAUGAAGUCUACCUCCCUUGCGCCAAUCUUGUAAAGGCAGUCGACAAGACUCUGAAGAUGUGGCGAAAGGUAGCAGGCCCGCGUCGUCAGCUUUCGCAUACAGUGGAAAUGGUUGAAGGCCAGGCCGCGUACUGGGACGACAGCGACGAUGAAGACGCUAUUUAUGACGAUGAAGAUCAGAAGACGUGGCCGCCAGCACCGUCUGUCUGCGAUAGCCUUCGGCUAAAUGGCUUGGUACGGGAUGCCAGUGCGAAGCGGCGUUUUGUAUUCAAAGACUGGUAUUGA